AUGUUUGGUCAACAUAUUCUCACUACCAGUAUUCGUUGCUCACAGUCUAAAUGUGGACGUAUCUUGUAUCUUGUUCCGGCCCGGAAUUUUAUUCAAAACGAGCAUUUGCGCUCCCACAAUAUUAUUCUCACUCUUGAACUUACAUCAACGUACGAAGGGAAGGCUACCAAACUUAUUGAAGAGAUCACCAAAGCCAAGAUUGAAGGAAGAUUCCCAGAGCAUUAUAGAGAACGAGGGAAAUGGUCGCUCCAUACUUCAAAGGGGGCGUUUGGCAAUUUGGGAACAAUGAUUUGUGUGUUUGAACAUGACGAAACGGAGCCGGAUAUUCCCAAGUUUCCAUCUAGUGUCAAAUUGAUCGUGGAUGCUACAAAAGAAACCCUGGCAGAUCAACUAAAGUCUAGUCAGAUAGAAGUCGUUGCAUCGAUUUUCCCUAUGCUGGGAGGCUCCAGGUUUAGGAUGGAUUUGGAUUCUGUCGUCGGUACUCCAUCCAGUGACACAUUUUCUGCGGAAGAUUUUACUGCUACCCUGUCUAAACGAAUUACGACUCUGCUUUGCCCUCUUUCUCAAAGCCCAAACCCCCUACUUACUGAGAUAAUUCUACAAAGCAACUUCAACAUCCUGCGCGUCGUUGCUCAACAUAUUUUGGGUGCUUCCAAGGGAUCUAAGGCAUUCCGGCCACCAUCCCCAACAAAGCUGUUAUCUACCCUUUGGAGCGCCAGCCAACCUAAAAACCUUGGUCAUGCUCCUUCAAAAUCGCUUCCAUCACUCCCAGCUUUGUCCAACAAUGUGCCAACUUUGCAACCCCAAUCAUCGAAUGCCAGCCUAGACGAUGGUUCUCCGCAAAAGCUUCCUCAUGGGGGUAUAAGCAUUCCCGAUGGAACCGCAAGUCCACUUGAGCAAUUGGAAGAGACAUUCACCGCUUAUAUACUUGCGAUCCGUUCAAGAAGUGGAAAUAUUGUCGGUCGCGUACUAAGGUCCCGAGACCGUGUCGAUAUGGCGGCAGUAAAUGAGCUUUACAAUAUUCUCCUAGAAGACCCAACUCAACUUCAAGCUGCCGCAGAGUCCCCUGUUGAUAUGCUGAUAGUUGCUUUCGAGACCUUCCUCGACAAGGCUUGGAAGGAGAAAUUUGGUCCGAUAAUACCCCAAACUUCCCUCUUGAUUCUUCUAGCUAAAUUUGAUGCCUUGUUUCCUGGGGACUUUGAGGACUAUUUCCAUGGCUUUCUGUCUGAGAUGAGUCCACAAACCCGCCGUGCGCUUACAGCAUUGAUACAGCUGCUUGCACAGUUGUUAAAUGACUCUGGGAACGAUGGUGACAGAGGCGCAUUAACGGAUGUGUUCUCCGAAAUCCUCACUGAGGACAACGACGCAAGGAAAACAAUACCCCUCCUUGACAGGCUUGUUGAAGACUUUGAAAGAUUAUUUGAUGAAUCUGGACCUACGGCAUCUGAGGGACAUCUUGCUCACGAAAUAAAUCGAGGCCUACUAGCUCCUGGAUCAAUUGGUUCGAAUGCAUCGUCAUUCAGAAAGCGAUUUGGAUUUGGAUUGAGCCGGGAAAAUAGUAUUAAAGACGGGGAGGGCAAAGUCAGCUCUAUUAUUCGAUCUUUGAGCAAAUCGAAAGGAGCUUCGGAGAACGAUGUUCUCCUCUCCAAGAAUUCACUAAUGCGAUCUAAAUCCACAGAUACAGACAGCCGUCUGCAUAGUCUUCUAAGACCUCGAUCCCGAGAUCGGCCUCUUAUGCAGACAAUAUUUGCUCAAGAUGAAGAAGUUAACCGCCCAACCAGCUCUAAUAGCAGUACACAGCCUUCCCUCGCUUCCAUUGUCGAAAACCCUGUUGUAGGACGAACCACUACUUCGAGAAAAAAGAGAAGAAGCUCGCUCUCUGAUCUGAAAGAUCUCCCAACGGGUGACAUAGCGCCUCUAUUUGCUAACAGGGAGUUUAAAAAACCUCCAAAUAUUCUCACUUCCGCUCAAACUCCGGAACCAGCAACACCGCCGACAAAAUCACUUGGCUUACCCAUCCAUAGUGCGCAACAUACGCCUAUUCAAAAUACUCCUCCGACUAGAAUAGCAUCGCCGGUGCGUCAAAUAGCUGCGAAUCUAAAAGAGAAUGUGCCUCCUCCGUCUCCUCGAACAACAUUAGCAGAUCGAUCAACCAAUACGAGGCAGCAUGCUUCAACGAUAUCAAUGCCACUUCGGAGGAGAGCAGAUAGCACGCGGGCUGGAACCCCGUCUAAAAUUGCUGGACCGCGCGAGAAACCCACUCGACCAAGUAGCAGUGAUGGCUACGGCCGUAGGCUACAAGCACAGUCAAAUUCACCCCCCAAACCGCAAAAGUUACGGAUGCAAACACCGCAAAAGUUGCGCGAGCGUGUGUUAAAUGAACGAAAGGCCAUAGCUUCCGCAGAGUCAUCCUUGCAGGCCGAACUUGCAUCCGUCACCGAAGAAUUAAUGUCCACUUCUCCAUCUAGACGACGGCCAUUGUCAUCUGCUGGCCCCCAGGCAAGGCCUAUUACCUCACCCCCUGCUUCUACGUCAUCCAAUGCCCUUCUGCAGAGGGUUCGCAUGCUUGAAAACAAACUCUCUGCAUUAACUUCAAACCUUGGUGCUAGGGCCGCCAGCCUUGAAAACGAUUUGGAGAACUCCCUCCUGGUCUCUGAAAAGCGAGCGCGAAAACUUGAUGAACUUUAUCGUGAAGCUGGAAAAGAGAACGAAGCAUUGUAUGAGCGAUUUAAUAACGAACUAAGUAAAAUGGCCAGGGAAAUUCGACUUGGUGUCGGCGAAGAGGCACUUCGAAGUCAAUUGAAGGAUGCACUUGAUGAAGUGGCGCGUGUGAAAAAGGAGAACAUGCGAUUGAAAAGGGAAAUCGGCGGGCUGAAAGCGCAACAAAUAGGUGAUCCCUCGAGUUAA